AUGGGGAAUGUCAGUAGUCGAACCGAAGACGGUGGGGCAUUUGUCCUUCGAGACCAAAGUCGCCUAUCUAUCGCAUCCCUCACGGUCACAAAUUCUAAGGGAAAGAUCCUGCUCAAUGUUGUUCCCAAUGUAUACCCGGCAACUAGGAUCAUUGCCAGGAAGGACUAUGGCGACGAAAGCCUUGUGGAGUACAUACAGGACCCUGAAUCGUCUCCUACAUUGCCUGUACCGUCAUUCUUGUUCCGCCUAAACAACGACGACGAGCUCAUAUUCAACUUCACCUUCGUGAUCCGUCAAAGUCAAAGCAGCCUGCCGGGGGUUUCAGGAGGGAUUGAUACAUUUAUUAAUGGCCUCACCUUCGCCUUCGCAUCAAACAACAAGGAUCUUGACAAUCUAGUCAUUAGAGAAUUUCAUGCAGACCCAAACCUUCACAAAAAUGCCAACGUGGAGCUGGUCGGCGACUAUUCAACGGGUGGUAGCCCGUCUGCAAAGUUUGAGUGGUCAUGGAAAUGGCGCCCCCCUAAAACGACCGAAGAUCGAGGAGGAGGUUGGCGUAAUGCUUGCAGCUUCUCUGAAUACGAUCAGAGGGCCCACAAGCUUCAAGCCCUUGCAUUGUUCAGCUUCUGGGUACAGAACACACCAAAAACGUUCACUGGUCCCCAAACACCCUCGCCAUACUUCGAACUAAAUGUACCUCCUCGACUCCGACUCCCAUCGUCACAAUCUAUGAUAUCUGCGCCAAGUGAGUCAGAUCAUACGGACAUAGGGCCACCAUCACCCAUCAUCGAACCUGGAGAGAUCAGUUUAGGCGUUCCACAGGUUUCGACCAAAGAUCCAGUGGUAGUCGGAGUUUCAUGUCCGCGGCCCAGUGAAGACAUGAGCGCCGUUGAAGACGGACCCUUAUUUCGAGCCACGAUGAAAGCCCUGGAACAAAAGACUGGGAACAUGCGAACAAGGAUGAAGAAGGUUUUGCGUAAAGCCGAAGCAGCUCAGGCAGCUCAGGUCGAAUGCAAUGCUGCGGUAUCUGCGUUCAUGGAAGCACUUCGAGAAGCAUCGGCGUCAAAUGCAAAUGCCAUCCAGCCAGCACUCGAGCACUACUUCGAGAAGAUUGCCAGCCAAAUCCUUCAGUAUGAAAAGCAGAACACAGUGCAUUUGCAGAAACUCAUCAUCGACCCUCUCUCGAAGAUAUAUAACAUUGAUAUCAAGCAGGCAGAAGCCAAGAAGAAGGAUUUUGAAGAUGAGAGCAAGGACUAUUAUGCGUAUGUCAGUCGCUAUCUUGGCCAACGUCAAGACUCGUUAAAGGAGAAGAAGCGAAACGAAAGUGACUCCAAGUAUCAAACUAAGAGAAGAAAUUUUGAGCUCAAACGAUUUGACUAUUCGUCUUUCAUGCAAGAUUUGCAUGGUGGCAGGAAAGAACAAGAAGUCCUCUCUCAAUUAACGAAAUAUGCAGAGACACAAUCGAAGAGUUUUCUGUCGACUGCAAAGAAAAUUGGAGAGAUGACUCCUCAAUUAGAGGUGUUGAUCCAUGAGGUAAAGGAAGCCGACAAAGAGUAUAAGAUUCAGCGCACUGAAAGGGAAGAAAAGCGAAGAAUUCUGGAGAUGAACACUAAGACAUACGUCGAGCCUGAGGCCGAUGCAUCUAACAUCUUACCCAUUCAGUCCAUUGCCAAUGGGACCUCCGCCCAGGAAUCUGAGCUCUCGCGAGCUGAUAGUAAUGGUCGGAAUGGUCUUCACUAUUCUUCUUCGACCGCGUCACAACAUGGUUCAACUUUGUCUGCACGAAACUCCACUCACGGUGUUCCUUCCACGCCCAGCAGUCGACCUAGCAGUGGUGUUCCCGUAGUGAGUCCCGACAAGUUCAAAGGUUUCCGUGACCUUGAAGAAAGGGAUCAUAAUGGUGCUGUCGGACCAGACAGGGUUCAGCACAAGAAAGAAGGGUUACUUUGGGCUCUAAGCAGACCGGGUUCCCACGUCGAUCCCAAAGGCCUUAAUAAACAAGCAUGGCACAAGUUCUGGAUCGUACUCGAUCAGGGCAAAUUGUCCGAGUACAGCAAUUGGAAACAAAGGCUCGAUCUUCACAUGGAGCCGAUCGAUUUGCGGAUGGCGUCGGUUCGAGAAUCCCGCAGCGCAGAACGGAGGUUUUGCUUCGAAGUCAUAACGCCACAAUUCAAGCGUGUCUAUCAAGCAACGUCAGAAGAAGACAUGAAUAAUUGGAUAAAUGCCUUGAACAACGCCCUACAGAAUGCCGUCGAGGGCAGAAAUCAACCUCAACCUUUUACUCCUUCAACAAUAGAGGAGAGGACCGCUCAUCGAAAUAUUGGUUCUAUACUUACGGGGAAAAGCUCAUCGUACUCUGGACAUCAUCACCAUCAAUCACCUUCCAACGCAAGUGCCGCCAAUAGCGUGUAUAGGCACCGCACCGUUGGCGCACGACCGACCUAUGUCCGUACGGAUAGCAACAGCUUUGAAGAUGACCCCUCGAAACUCCUUCAGAUAGUGCGAGGCAAUGAUCAAGGCAAUCGCUGGUGCGCUGACUGCAACUCUGAAUCCAAAACUGAGUGGGUCUCUAUCAACCUAGGCAUCGUGCUGUGCAUUGAAUGCAGCGGCAUUCACCGCUCCCUCGGCACUCACAUAUCUAAAGUCCGCUCCCUAACUCUUGACACAACAUCGUUCAGUACCGACAUUGUCGAAGUCUUGCUCCAAAUCGGCAAUCGUAUCUCUAAUAUGGUGUGGGAAGCUACUCUCGACCCCAACCAGAAACCCUCAGCACAAGCAACGCGUGAGCAGCGUCUCCGCUUUAUCACUGCCAAAUACGCUGAUAGAGCAUACAUAAACCCCAUAGGCUCAAAUGCCCAGUCUCGUUAUUCCACUUCAGACGAAACGCUUCUGGCUUCCGUCAAAAAGAACGACAUUCAGGGUGUUCUCUACGCUCUAGCGCUGCGUGCAAACCCGAACGCCACCGACCGCUCCCGAAAUACGCACUCCAUCUUUCUCGCUCUCGCAGCCGCUGAUCCAGCUGCUCCAGCGGGGUCCGCCCUCCCUACACCUGUUACCUCACCUAACGCCAAGACGCCAUCUGGUAGUCAGAAAACAAUCGUUGCUUUCCCUGUUGCCGAAUUGCUGGUUCAGAACGGUGCCAUCAUCCCGUCUACCCUGCCCGCAUUUCCACUUUCUCCGAACGCACAGCUGUACAUUGACCAAAAGGCUGGCAAAGGCGUAGACACGCUCACUGCUCUGCCGAACAUAAACAGAAACAGUGGCGUCGGCCCGACUGCCAUAGAGGGUGGCAAGGAUAGUCAAGCGAAGCUGCAGAAAAGAGGCAGCGUGGGAGGCCGUCUGGCGGUCAGACCUGGGCAAUGA